AUGCCUGCCAUCCAUAAUCACCUCACCAACACAAGCAAGAUCAGCUCGCAUGGCGUGUCUCUAUCCCGGACGUCUAACUUUAGACCAUUAGUGUCUGGAGACAUCCUCCUAAUCAGGGUCAAGGAGGAGGACUUGGACAAGACGAGGCUGAUGGUCCAAAUCCAAUGGCUUGCUUUCAGAAUGGCGGCCAUAUCUAGGGCUGCUGAGGUGGUGGAUGACCUUGAUGCCGAACCUCCGAGCAAUACCCAAGAGCUGCCAACAUACCCCAAAGGAUUUCUCGAGUUUCUAGCCUCUGAAACUGAAGAGUUUUACAUGUGUUUCUGCCCUGGCGCAGGCAGAUGCACGCCGCACAACGACGGCCAGUUUCUCCUAAUGUCGAAGAGGCUGGCCCAGGAAAUAGCACACCCAAAUAAACACCCAAAUAAAGUUGAGGUAUAA